AUGGCAACUUUGACGCCUUGUUCAGAUGGACGUGUUUGGAAUCAAGAUAAACAGUUUUGCCAUUGGAAACCAGCUAAAGUGAAUAAACAACGUUAUCUGAUUGUAGCUGGUGGUGAUACACAGACAGGUAAAUGCUUGGAUAUUGCCGGUGGUAAAUCCGAACUUCAUGCUCAAAUCCAAUUGUUCCGUUGUCAUGGAAAUGAAAAUCAACAAUUUGAAUUGAACAAUGAUAAUACUCUUCGUGUGAUGGGCAAAUGUUUGGAUAUUCCCGAUUCGAAUGCACGUGAUCAUCAAUACAUACAAUUAUUUACUUGUCGUCCGGAACAACAAAAUCAACAAUAUUCCUUUGAUCAACAGGAUCGUAUCCACGUGAUGGGCAAAUGUUUAGAUGUGCCAAAUGGUAAUGUGGUCAAUAAUAAUCCAUUGCAAUUAUUUCGAUGUCACAAUCAACAAAGUCAACGUUUUACAUUGAUACCAGUUUCAUAA